AAACGACGCCAUCACUGCUCCGAAUGUCGCAAAAGUUUUACGACAAGCGGGCAUCUGGCAAGACAUAUGCGUAUCCAUACUGGUGAAAAGAACUUUCCAUGCCUCUUCCCUGGUUGUCAGAGUCGAUUUUCUCGGCAGGAUAAUAUGAUGCAG